AUGUCAUCUGAACAAAUAUCUAGUGCUGUAUCUACACAAUCUAUUAGAGCUAAGUUUGAUCCUACAUGGGAGCAUUGCACUAAAAUACCAAAAGAAAAAGGUCGCAAACCUCGCUUAAGAUGCCUAUACUAUGGAAAGGAAUUUGGUGGUGGUGGAAUACAUAGAAUGAAACAACACCUUGCUAGAAAAAAAGGAGAUGUAACUAGUUGUAAAAGUGUGCCACAUGAUGUUCGCUAUCGAUUAGAGGAAAACUUGAAAGAAAUUGGUCAAAGGAGACCAGUUAAGAAAUUAAGAAAAGAAGAGGACAAUCCAUUAGAAGUGGAUGAUGAAAUUAUGCAAGAAAUAAUUCCUUCAAGUUCCUCUCAAUUAGCUAAAAAAAAGGCAUCUGCAGCUGGAGACAAAUUCUUUGCCCCAAGGAUAAGCUCAAGAGCACAACCAGGAAUUCGAAGUGCAUUUACAGGUAAAGAAGCUUUGCAUAGAGCGGAUUUAGCUGUGGAUCAAAGAAAUAGGCAGUUGAUUAAUUUUCUUAUUUACUACCCUGGAGGAAUGAUUUUCAUUAAAUCUGUUGAUGCAUCAAAUAUUGUUAAGGAUGCUCAAAAUCUUUGUAAUUUUUUCAUGGAUAUGGUUGCUUUUGUUGGUGCAGAUAAUGUUGUUCACUUGUUAACUGAUAAUGCAACUAAUUAUAAAGCUACUGGAAGCAAAAUGGAGAUUGUUAGUAGCUUAGCAACACGUGAAUCCAUGGUUUCAAAAUUCAUUUACAACUAUGUCUUUUUGCUAGCUUGGUUAAGGAAAAGAGAAGGUUGGACAGAAAUCAUCCGCCUCAGUGCAACACGGUUUGCCACUACUUUUAUUGCCUUGAAAAGUAUCUAUGAGCACAAGCAUGAUAUUCAAGCUUUGAUAACAAGUAAGACAUUUGUAGAAUUUAGAUACUACCAGGAUUCAAAGGAAAAGGAUAUGGUAAUGAUUGUAUUGGACAAUCAAUUCUGGAAUAAUUGUAAAACUGUUGUUGAAAUUGUAAAACCACUUGUGAGAUUGUUGAGAAUUAUUGAUUCUGAUGACCGGUAUUCAAUUGGCUAUGUUUAUGAUGGCAUGUACAGGGAAAAAAGAGCUAUAAAGAAUAUUUUCAGGCACAAAAAAUCAUUAUACAAGCCUUACACAAGUAUUAUUAAGAGAACGUGGGAUUUUCAACUUCGACAAAAUCUUUAUGCAGCAACAUAUCUCUUCAAUCUUGCUUUCCUUUAUGAUAAGGAAAAUUUUUCUAGAAAGCCAGAGAUUGAUUAUUGGGUAAUGGAAGAAGAUGAUUGUUCUUUACUCAAUAUUGAUGAUAUAGAACAAGAUCUCAUUUAUGAUGACACAGUGCUACCAAAAGCUAUCAUUCAUCAAGAGGAUGAGGAAGAUAAUGAGCAAAGAGGCAACGUGGCACAUGGUGAAGCUAUUGGUGGACUUGAUUUACAAUUAUUUUCUCAAGAGGAUGUUGAUAGCUUUAGUGAAGAUGUUGAUGCCUUUGAGCCUGCACAUGCUUGGAUUAACCAAGAUCUCCCAAUAUUUGAUAAGCCAUGA